AUAUAAAUGCCGAGAAGAAUGGCCAUCCAUUGAGUCAGAAAGAGCAUUUAAUAUCUACCUGGGUGUCGAACUGUUGCUCAUCCCACUGAUUAUCAUGACUACAACAUACGUUUUGAUUAGCAAAACACUUUGGAUAGGGAUUCGAGUCGAAUACCCCAAAAAAUCAAAUCCUAAAUACGCAGAGAAAAAUACUAAGAAGCAAUACUUCCCUGAUACUAAGAACAUUUACGAUACACAAUGCAAUGGUGUGCAUUCGGAGAAUAACGUCACAACAAUCAACCAAUUAUCACGCCCGAAACAAAGUAAUAAUUGGCUAGUAAGAGGUAGCAGCGUAAAAAAUCAAGAAGCGAAAAAGAGGGUUGUAAAAAUGCUCUUUGUUGUAGUCGUCGAGUUUUUCAUUUGCUGGACACCCCUCUACAUCAUGCACACAUGGUCCCUGUUUGAUCCAAAGACGGUCUAUUCGAGUAUUGGUUUCGUUGGUGUCUCCAUUAUUCAUUUAUUAUCAUUCUGUUCGUGUUGCUGCAACCCAAUUACUUAUUGCUUUAUGCACAAGAAAUUCAGGCAAGGAUUUUUAAAUGCCAUGAGAUGUACUAAAAGAAAAAGAUGGCAGUCGGCUCGAAGUAGUGACUAUACAGCUACUCUGAAUAGUAUUUACAGUACUAGACUGGGUUCUAUUCAUGCGGAAAUCUUAGAUCAAGUGGAAGAUGAUUCUGUAUAGAAUUGGAAGGUGUUAAUUUCCAAAAAGGGAAGCGGUUGGUUUCUCUAUACCAAAGACAGCAUUAGAAAGGCAUCGACAGCUGUUGCAUAAGGUCAAUGUUUCCUCCUCAAUACUCCUCAUGUGUCACGUCUCGUCAGCUUUAACAUCCUAACAUCGUCUUUGAUAUUACUGAAUUUAUAACAGCGUAUUAUUUAAAAAUAUAUUUAUAAAUUCCCAUCUUAUUAAAUAUAUUAUCCAUAGACGUUCAGUAUUUUUUUCCUCCGCACAAUAUUUAACAAUAUUUUCAUUCUUAUAAUUUAUUAA